GGAGAAUAUGCUCGACUUGGCGCAUUUGAACGACUUCGACCACCGUUCGAUCAGAAAAAUCCAUUCCCAGCUACCAUAGUCGAAAAUCGCGAGUUACAUACAGAGAAAAGUGAACGUAGUUGUCGACACAUCGAAUUCGCUGUUGAAGGUAGAGUAUUGAUUUUAUUGAUUUUUUCUUGUAUCAUCCUGUGCGCCUCAGGUUCGCGUAUUCGCUACGAGUCUGGUGACCAUCUCGCAGUUUUCCCCACCAACGAUCCAGAGCUAGUAGAAGCUAUGAUCUCGUUAUUAGACUUCAAUCCUGAGCAGGCGUUCCGAUUGAUCAACAUUGAUGAAGAAUCUUCAAAAAGAAAUCCAUUUCCUUGUCCAUGCACUUAUCGUACAGCCUUAACACACUAUGUUGAUAUUUGUGCACCAAUGAAGAGUCACGUGCUAAAAGCAAUCAGUGAAUACUGUACAGACGAGGGAGAAAAAUUACAUCUCUCAAUAUUGUCUACAGCCAAUGAGGAGGGAUUGAAAGAAUAUUCCAAUUACAUCGUAAAAGAGCGCAGAUCGAUUAUCGACGUACUUCGAGAACAUCCAACAUGCAAACCACCGAUUGAAUAUUUGUUGGAAUUAUUACCACGUCUACAGGCGCGUUACUACAGUAUCGCUUCAUCACCAAAGCACAAAGAGAAUCGAAUUGCCAUUUGUUGUAUAAUUACCAAGUAUACUGUAGGCGACAGAUUGAUUAAAGGAGUAUGUACCAAUUAUCUGUUGGGAAAGGUAAGUAUUAUUUUGCCAGUUUUACUGCUCAAGUGUCAGCUAAUAUAAGU